AUGGAAUACACUCUCGACAAUGCAUUUGACAUCGAUGUCGGCAUCGACGUCGACGUCGACAUUGAUUUGGACCACUUGAUCGAGUGCCAAAGUCCCAUCAAAAGACCACUGGCUCCAUUGCCUCAACCACAAAGACUACUGCCCACCAAAGAUUUAUUUCAAAUCACCAACAACCACAACUACAAAAGCUACAACCUCUUCGGGGUGGAGGACACAUUUCCCGAUUUGAGCCUCAAAAACAACAAGAUCGAGAAGUUGAUCCGGGACUUGGAAGCAGAAGACUACGAAUUGGAUGUCGAUACCCAGGCCAGAAGCCGAAUUUUCAAGGGUCGUAUCAAGGGCUUAGAGGACCUGGAUGAGUUCGACGCUCGGGUUGCUAGCUUUAUCGACAAGGAAAAUAUCGACUUUGAACCCACCAAGUCCCCCAUCCGCACCAAUAAAGUGAAAAAGCCUCUUAAACCACUACGCCAAAACUCCAGCAAAGUCCCGGUGCUCAAGCCGUUGAACUCCCCCAUGUACACGCUGUUCACCCCGGUGCUAAAGGCCAAAGAUGACCUCCACAAAAGAGUGUGUCGUCCAAGUCACCGACAAGUCGCAUGUCCUCCACCGGUACUAGCACAAGGAUCCCCCCACCACCCCCAGAUUUACCUCGUUGACGCUCUGACUGGCUCGUUGAGCGACGCCACCCAGUUCGGUACCGAGUUGAACGCCUCCAAUUGUGAAGGUUUCCCCCUUCCUGAAACCGUUCAUGAGGUGGUCCAGAUCCCCACCAACGAUGAAAGCGGUAGGCAUCCACCCAAAAUGGCUAUUAUAAAGACGUUUGAAUGCCGAAUGAGCACCCCCUCCCAACCCCCACCCGCUAUCCGCCCUGGGUUCUACUCCAAGACCGAGUACCUUAAUUAUAUCCAGAACUUGCACGCGACCCAGCAAGAAGAAUCUGGGGUAGAGGUGGUGAGUCAAGCCCCGGCCCCCACAAACCGCCCACCCCGUCGUCGUCGCCACGUUGCCUUUGCUGAUUCGGACGCUCUCGAGUGGUAG